AUGUCGUCGCCGAUAGCCUACCCCGUCGUGGUUGACGACAAGGACCUCGACGACGCCGCUUUGUGGGCAAUGAUCGAUUCCGCCACCGCCUCGCAUUCCUCAUCCAAGAGCAAAUCCCUCGCCAUCAAGUACUCCGAUCGCCAAUCCCCUUCUCCCAUCUCGAAACCCUCGCUGCAGCCGCCGCAGAAGUUCCAGAGGAUCUCCCGCGACUCCGGUGAAGUGGUGCACGAGCCGUGGGUUUACCGGCCACCGAGGAAGGUGGCUAGAGUUUGUCCUUCCGGUGAAAGCAGCCCUCUCGCUUUGGUCAGAAACGUGCAGAGGAUGCCGGCGGCGGAGGCUUAUUCCUCGCCGGAGAUCGGGAAGGUAAACGGAGCGCAUGAGCUGAGCAGUUUCACGGAGGUUUCGCCGCAGUGUUUCGGGAGGAACGAGGAGGAGAACGUGACCAGCAUGAGGCACAGCUUGUCUGGAAGGUUUCCUUCAGUUUCGCUGUUUAAGGAGUACCAGAAUGCAGCUAUGGCGAUUUUGGAGAAAACUGAUUACACUUUGAUUUCGGGGAAUCCUUUCAUUAAAAAGUCAGGUUGGAGAAAGAUAUCCUGUUUCUUCAAUAUUUCUUUUGAAAUCAGAGACAAAAAUAUCGAGUUUGAUGAGAAUCGCAAUGUUCAGCGAGCUGAGUUUGUGAUUCGUGCAUACAUGCAGGGUGGCAGGUUCUCAGAUGGAUGGGGUUCUUGUGAGCGACGCGAAAAGAAAUUUCAGAAACCAAAUCAUGAUAUUCCAAGCACAGCAGAGACUAGAGCCAAAAAUAAAGCUUGUCAAGACUUGCUAGGAAUCGGAGAAUACCGACCUGGUGCAGCAAGUCAAGUUCAUUGAUGUUAUAUAUGACUUUUG